AUGUCCGCGCUCGCGUCGGCGUCUCGAGGCGCCUCGGCGGGCGCUCGAAGAGUGACGUCGCGCAGGAUGUCGUCACGAAGAGCGAACCUACGAGCGGAGGCAACGACGAGCGCCUUUGAGACGUCCGAGGCGCUUCAGAGCGCGAAGAUCGGAGAGGGCGCGUUUGGUAGAGGGUUGCUCGCCACGGGAGAGGGGAAGACGCUGGUGAGCGUGCCGAUUGACGCGCUCGUGGUCGCGCCGGCGGCGGUGGGCGGAGGCGCAGGCGGAGCCAAGCGCGCGCGGGAGACGUACGAGCGCGGAUGGAAAGAGAUUCACGGCGUGGACGUGCCGAACGCGAUGGUAGAGUUCGUCGUCAGCGCGCCGUUCGCGAAGGACGUGCGUCUAACGGCGAUGUUGGCGUGGGCGUACUCGAACGUGGAGGCGUGGCGAGCGUACGGCGACGACGUCGUCCCGAGCGCGUUUGAUAGCAUGUACCUGGCGAGUGAGGAAGAAUUAGACGCGUUGCAAGACACAGAGCUUCGCGUUAUGGCCACUCGAUCGAGGAACGGAUACGAGGCGAUGUGGAACGCCGCAAUGGAGGCGAAUCCCGAGGUGAAGUCUCUCCUCGCCGAGGUCGACGACGAGCGCCUGAAGUGGUGCCGGUCUUGGGUGCACACUCGAGCCAUCAGUGGGGUCUUUGAGGGCGCCGAGCUCGCUUUCCUCGCUCCCGUGAUUGAUUUGGCCAAUCAUAGAGUGGAAUCCACGGCGACAUACGGCGUGAGCGCGGACGGAAAGAAUUUUGAGCUCUCGUGGAACGAAAAUGCCCCAGAGGGCGCGUCUCCCGUCGCGAACACGGAGGUCUUUAUCAGCUACGGUGAUCGCAUGAACAACGCCAUCCUGAUGCUUCACUACGGAUUCAUCGAUGAUAACAAUCGCAACGAGCGCUUACCCAUGGAGUUCAUCGCUCCGGGCGCACGAAAAGUUUUAGGAGCACGAGUCAUCGAGGCGUGCGAUCGCCUCAAAGCCGAUGGUGAUGAGGAAGCCGCCAUCGCUGGUGCCAACCUCCUCGCCCUCGCCGCUCGAGGCCCACCGCCCGGUGUGGACGUCCCACCUCCACCUCCGACCGACCCCGAGGUCGUGAACGCCAUUCGACAAGUUGUCGAGCAAACGCUCUCAGACAAGCCAACCACUGCCGACGAAGACGAGGCGCUCGUCGCCUCAAGCGAGUUCCAAUCCCUCAGCCCCCGCACGCAGCUCGCCGUUCGCCAUCGUCUGGCGCAAAAGAAUAUGGCGCGCGCGUACCUUCGAUUUUUGAACGUUUUGCAGUAA